UAAUUACCCGAAUAAACAAUGUCCGAUCCACAACAACGUUUUGGAGUGUGCGCCUUGAUUGGUGUGUCGGGCGUUCUCUGCGGUGCCUUUGUCCAGCACGAGGUGUCGAUAAUCCACCUAUUCGAAGCGAUAAAGAGGGAUCCGUAUUUGUAUUACUAUCGGCACAGGCUCUAUCCCUUUCUCUCUACUUUCAGCACAGAUCACGAGGGUAGACUGUUGAAUCGCUCCGUUGGGCUGAAGGACAAACUAUGCCAGAUGCUAAUCCCACGGCUGCACAAGGUAUUAAUGCCAAAGCCGAAGAAUGACGGAGAGCCCUCUGUUGCGAAUAUGCUGGAUCUUAUCAAGUACGGUUUACCAAGCGCAGAAAAUCUGGUGGUGCACAAGGACUACAUUAUGUCGCAGGAACAAGACAUGAAGAGCGCCCGGUGGAUAAUCGAGCAUUUUCGCGCCGGAGACGGGAAUGCGAAUGGAUGGCCAAAUGACUUUCUCCGCUACAAGAAUGUAUUUCUGCUGGGCGAUGACUCCGCGGAGAUGGGCAGGGCCUUCAAGCGGCAGAUCUGGCACGACUUGGAGCAGUACGUGACUUUGAAGACACAGGAAUGCGGAUCGGUGUACUCCUACACCGGUCCCAUUUACAUGCCCAUGGGCAAUGGCUGUACAUGGUGGGUGGAGUACAGGAAACUGGACUCUACUGUCACGCCCAUUCCGACGCACUACUUCAAGGUGCUGAUCUUCGAGUCAAAGGUCCAGGCCCAGUCCACCAUAGAGGCGUACAUCAUUAAAAACACUGGCAACGGUGGUGGCAGCUUCCGCGAUAGGCGUCACCGCAUCAAAGAUAUCGAACGUUAUACAGGCCUGUCGUUCAGCAAGGAUCUACAGCCAAAAGUGCUGUAUGAUAAUGGGAAGAUCGAGAUCGAUUUGGCCUGUAGACAAAAUAUCCAAUAAUUAUGAUGCCGUUGACUUGAAUAAAGAAUGUUUAAUUU